GGAACUGCAUUCAAGGAUGUUAGAAUAGAGAAAGAGGGAAGUAGUAGCACACCGGUGGACAGUAACGGACUCUACUGUUGCUUAUCGGAUACUUCAUGAAUAAUAACCCAGAUAUUUCUUCGCGCAGGUGAGUGUUACAUUUCCCCUCAGACCUUAUAACUGUGUUUAAUAAGCGUUUUGGUCGUUUAAAGUCAACGUUGAACUGACAUAUUUAAACCUACGGCUACUAUCGACUUUUUAAAAUGAAGACACACAUCAAACCAGAAAGUACCACAUUUGAACAAUUUCCAGCUCACCAAGGCUUUUGUAAACUGACUAAAACCCAGUAGAUUUCAUUGUGAAUGUCGGCAACAGUAAUGUUCAUCUGAGGUAAAGGGAAAGCAUGCCUCGACAAGCCCUUUGUUGCUCUACCCGCUCUGACAAAUACCAAUAUUCAUCUCAAAUUUCAUCCCCUAAUCCCCUUUGAGCUAAUUGUAGUCACAGUGUACCGACCAAUUCAUUUGUUGUUGCAUUCAUUCUUCUUCUUUUUAAAACUCGUGGGUAUAGGAGGGAGUUUUCUCACACAGCGUUUGACUUAUUCUGUAACUAGUGAAGAAAUGACCAUGUGGGCUUCAUGUUAUUGACCCAAAAAAUAACUGUCCUCAUGUCCAUCUGUCUGUAGAAACACUCAGGAACAGAGAGGAGCUUUUCCAUGAACGACAGGUUUUAAGUUACUGCAGGAACAAAAUGUAUGGGUUAAAAAGUCACCCCCUCACUUCUGUUGAGAGAAAUGUGUGUAAUAUUCUUACACUUAUGAAUGGAAAUCUCUGUGUUAUGAAGUGGAUUUGAAUAUUUUAUGUUACAAUAAUCUGAACUGUGUUAACAGGGUGAAAUGUAGCUUAGUGGUACCUGGUGUUGUUUACAUUCCUGGUUUCUGGUUGCUGAGUUUCUGUUAAAUUAGGAUCAGGUUAAUGAAACAUUGACAGUGUGUCUAGAGACCAGCUGCAGCUUUUUUUAAUGGUAUAUUGACGUUUAUAGGUUUGUCUCCCCUAUCAUGUACUGACUUGUCUAACAUAUGAUUAACACUGAAAUUAUGCUCAAAGAUCUGCAGAUUGUGGUGACUUAAGAAGGUGUGGUCAAAAUCUCAGUUACAGUAACUCUAACAGUAAGUGCCUGUGCAAAGAUCUCUGCUUAAAUGAAAUAUUCCAUCAAACAAACUCAAAGUCCAUGACUGAUUUUGAUGUUUUUAAGUGCUUUUUACUAGGGAUGCACCAAUCCACUUUUUCCCUUCCGAUACUGAUACAGAUAUUUACAGUUAAGUAUCGGCUGAUACCAAUCCAAUUCUGAUACAGAAAAGCCACGCUGAAUUACCUUUUGUUGUAAUCUGAAGUUUUACCACUGCCCCUCACAAGGUUUACUGCACAGGUAUUGCAAGUGGCUGUUGAGCUUAUAGGCUGAGGUAUUGUGAUAAAGUUCAAGAUAGCAGACCCCUUUGCUCGCUCCAUAUUGAAAACCACGUGGGCAUCCACUCAGCUUGUUUACUUGUGGAUGCCACUCACAGCACAUAGUAUAGAAUUAGACUAAAUAGAUCGGGCCCAUUGUCACAAUACCUGAUCUAGAAUUUUCUUCAGUAUCGAGUGGGAUACCGAUAUCAAAUAUCGGAUCGGUGCAUCCCUACUUUUUACUUAAGAAAUACACAUAAAGGGGCAGACUGAGAGUGUUAAACCUUCAUCAUCAAUAGAUAUAUCUAACAAUGUCAUAUAGCUGAUUGACGGUGUGCUGACAUUUGCCCCAGGUAUGCCAGAAAUUGCAUUAACUCCAAGCAACCCCAAUUCCCUAAGAGGUAGUAUGCUAUUUCAAAUGUAAAUGUGAUUUUGUAUGUCAUGAAGACUAUAAGAAAUGUAGAUAUAGCUGAUUUAUUUAUUUUUAUGGUUUCCUUUUGGAAAAUAUCUGCUCAUUUUGUUGAGCAUGCUGGCAACAAGUUUCAAAAAGUGGAAAUUAAUUAAUUAAUUAAUCUACGUUGUUUACUUAUCUUAGAGCCAGUGCCCAGUUAUUGACCUUCAGUAAAUACACUUCUGCUUUUAAAUGGUUGAACUGCUAUGUUGCAGCUGUCACUGAGUCAGUGGACAGUGUUGGGGGAGAUUAUGACCCAGCACAAAUAAGGAAAAAUUACAUAAUACAUUCACCUCAGGAAACAUGAGUUUAUUCCCAAGGUUAUUCUGUCAUCAGAAUCAGAAAACACAUAUUUCACUUUUACCUUGUUCAUGUUUUGGAGGAGAAGUUUGUGCCGUUUUUGUAAUCUUGUUUAGGUGUGUCUAGUUGAUUUUUCCAGUGGUUAAAAGAUGGAGCACAAUUCUCAGAGUACUUAAUGGAUUUCCCGACAGCUCUCCUGUAAACUGUGAAGUGGUUUAAUAGAUUGAUCGUUCUUUUGAUAGAAGCUGUAGAGAUUGCAUCUGCUGUGAGGUUUCAAUUUCUCCAUCAUAACCUCCCCAUCCAACCCAGAAUCACAGUCCUGUUUUAUCUUGCACACAUCUGGAUGAUAUUCAGUUAAUUUCAUUACUCUUAAACUUGUCUGCAUGUCUUACAUUCAGCGUCUUAAAGCCUGUUGCAAAGCGCAUACACGGUCUUGUUGUUGUCGCUCCCCUCUUGGGGCUUUCAUUCCAAGAUCUUAUCUGUUGUUACUGGUAUGGUAUGACAGGCCCAGAAAAACACUGCAUUUUUGCCUUCUUUAAAACCAACCCAGUUUAGUAACAAGAGCUGCUGGCCAGGCUUAGGAAUUUUUUUCCACACUUGAAUGCCAGCCUUCAUUGACAGACUAGGAUACAUGAUCCAGAAAUAUCCGAACACCAAGGGAAUGCCUUCAAACUCAGUGUUAUUAACCAUAAAAGGCUUUCUGUACUCCAGCUCAAAUACAAACCUCACAGCAGUGCAUGGAGUAGGUCACAAAGACCAGUUAUUUCCUGUGGCUUAGAAAACCUCUAACUGUCCUGUAUAUUUUUUACAAGAGCAAGUAAAGGACCAAAUGUCUCCGCUCACUUUCUGUCUGGCGCUACAGCCAGUUUGUGACAGUAAGUGAGAGUACACACUGCUUUGUUUUCACAUCUACAACAGCCAAGCGUACCCAGCUGUCCCAAAUUUCUGUUACAAAACCCUCAGAAGUUCGCUGUUUUUGUUGACACAUGUAUGCACACACACUUGUUGCGCUAUCGCCGCACCAGUGGCUAAGAGCACAGCGUGACAGGGCAGCCCUACCUAUUUUUACAUGUGUCUGCACACACACUCUGAAGAUCAGUUAUUUAGGUCACAUUGUAAGGAAUAAGGCUAAGGUAUUGCAUAGUAGCUUUCAUUCUGUGCGUGUUCAGGCAUGCACGCUCUUGGAAAGUGUUUCAAUGCUUUGAACUGUGUGAGGGAUGGUGAGGUUGAAGCCAAGGUACCUCACAGCACACCUCGAUUGUGAACUUGGAUCACUGCUUUGGAAUAGAACUAUUGAUUUGUUUGAGGAGUAAAGGUGCUGUUAUCGGCCAAAGGUAGGUAAUGGGGUAUGUAAAGAACCAAGAUUAUGUUUAGGGAUUCAUCUUCUUCACCUUGUAGAGAUUCUUUGGUUGGAAGUGAAGAAUGAGGGGGCAGAUUCGAUUGUUGCUUUGCACUCGUAAAAUUCACACUCCCUCCAACCUACACAGCUCCUGUUGGCAAAAAAAAAACUCCCAGCUCUGUCUUGAUCAGAGGGACCAAAGCAGAUCAUGCUCCACCUUUUCAAAGCAUUCGUAUGAAGUUUAUGAGGAGGAUGUCAUUUCAUUGCUAUCAAAGGCUUUGUUUGUCUUUAAAAAGGUCUGGUUAAAACAGAGCACUCUUCUUUACUCUCAGGGCAUUGUGCCAGCUGGCUGCUGGCCCGAGUACUGUGGAGCUCCCUCACACUGAGGCCUUUAUGGGCUUUUAUUUACAGCAUGCGAUGUGUACAACAGCUCACUUUGUUCAGAUGCACAGGCUUCAUUAGGAAAAUUCAACUUGUCAGAAAUAUAUUUUACCAACAGCACGAUCUAUUGUAUGAAUAAUGCCAACACUUUCAGCCACUAUCCGACUGAAUCUCCAAAACGAGAGCCUGCUUGUUUUUGGAGCUCUUACAGCUGGUUGUUAGCUUAUAUGGCAUACAGUACAAUAUUCAUGGCUGAUGAGAGUGACUCUUGAUCGGCUGAUAUCAGUUUUUCAACAGCAGAUACUGAUUAUGAGAGAGCUGGUUUGACAGUAUCGCCAGAAGGGACUGUUGGAUUUCUGCCCACUUAUCUGAAAAUAGUAAGAAAAGAAAGAUUGAUAUUUUUACUCAACUGCAUUACUCCAUACAUCAUAACAGAUUUGACAUCAAACAAUGGCCAGAAGCUGUUUCAGAUUCAAUAUGCUGUCAUUUAAGUUUGGCCUCCUGUAUUCUAUUAUGAUUCAGAAUGACGUCUCAUUUGCUCGUUAGCGUCGUCUAAGUCUCGUUUGUGCGAUGUUUGCCUGUGGUUACACCUACAGCCUCUCUUGUCGUGAUCAUCAUGUUGCCCAGACACACAAAAAUACACACACCUGCGACCUCCUGCUCCUCUCCCUGCUCUCCUCUCUCCACCUGUGGCUGACUGAUAGACUGAUACCACUGAUUGCACAACAUGUUGAAGCUCCAGUGGUCCCCCAUUAAUCUUAGAGUGGAGCCCACCUUACUGUACUUUGUUUCACAUUGAUCCGAGCUGCUCAUGAUGUUGUUAAAGUGAGAGCUGUUUGAAGGGAGUGACCAUGCCAGCACUCUGUUGUUAAGGUGGAGAGGGAGGGUUGCACUUCAUUCAAGAUAAAUGGGGACAACACAGCAGGCCGCAUAAUAAUCCUUUAGUCUCAAUAACCAUAGUUAAAAAGUAUGAUGACAAUUCCAGCUCUACCUGCAGGUCUAGUGUAAGAAUUACUGCGAAAAGAGUUCAACCGCACUGUUUCAUUUUUGGCCACAAAAUGGACAAAAAUAUCAAGAUAACUGAUCGUAGAGUUAGCCUCCUGCUGCACUUUUAGACAGAUUACAUCUGUUAAAAAGCCUAUGCUACUCUAAGGUCACAGGUUGCAGCAACAUUUAAUCUUCCUCUUUACACUAGAUUAACACUUAAGUUAAAAUGACUCAUGCUGUUUCCCUUUUGUAUGUUUCCAUGCAGCAGUACUUACCCCAGAUGAACCCUAGACCUGCAACCUGUUCUCUGUUUGAUUUGAUUACAACACUAAGAGCCUGCCUUUAGCUGGUAAAUAGUCUUGUGUUGCACAACAUCCAUCUCAGACACAUAUCCUUAACUUGCUGUACUCCUACUCUUAGGGCUGCACCUCAAACAUGAAUAAAAUCUGUACAUUCCACAUUUCCCUACUGGAAAAACUAGAUGCAUGAAUUCCGGGUGUCUUUGUCCUGCUUAUUUCUCUCAAAAUGCUUUGUGGUAAUGAUUUUAAAUGUGCUGAUUCAAUAUGUUUUAUACCCUGUAAACUAACUCUUGGGUUCAUUUUGGAAAAAUAUCAAGUAAUGUUCCUAAUUUGGACUGUCCUGGUAUCCAAAGUGUAAAACAACAGCCUGUAUCAAGUUUGGAAUAUUUUUAAUUCACAACUGCUUGAAUAGCUUGCAACUAAAUAUUUACACUAGCUAGCUGCCAGUGCUUACAAAGAAGUCUUCAGUGGUAUAGGUUACUAGGGCUGGGCAAUAAACCGAAAAUUACCGAUACCGAAAUUUACGACAAUAACCAAUGUCAUUUUGCCCAUGUCAAUAUAUUCUGUGUCAAAAUAAUAAAUAAAUAAAUAAAAGUUGGUUUUGGAUGUGUGUAGGUAGGCUAUGGUCUCAUGUCACUUUAAGACGCUGUCCUACGUUGGACAUGUGACUCCACCCCAUCCAGUCCAUAACAAAGAGGGAAAGACAGGUGAGGAGAUGAAGGACGGUUCAAAAGUUAUAGUAGCUGGACAAAGUAGACAAUGGUGGACUGCUGAAUUUAUUGUGAUAUUGAUUUGAGGCCUUAUUGCUCAGCCCUAUAGGUUACCAUAAGUAAAGAGACAUUUGUUGAGUUAUAUUUAAAUAACUAAACAAUGUGUAUCAUUCUACCAAAUUGCCUCAUAGCCACGUAUAGUACUCUUCACCAAAGUCCUUCUUAAGAAGAUUAAAAUAGCAAAACCAAGAUCAAAGAUACUGAUGCCCUGGCUGUGCUCUUUGGUGGUCUGCUCUAAUUAUCUAAAGAAAAUGUAUCUGAGGAUGUGAACAUGCAAUUAACAUCAUCCCUCUCUGCUGCCUAUCCUGUUCUCAGUGUUGGUAAUGAAUCACACACUUUCAUCCACAGACUUAAGUGUUUCUAAUCGCACUUGUUCUGCACUCCUCUCAAUGAUUAUGUGCUUCAGAACGAAGGAAAUAGAUUUCAACAUUGCCUCGAGUUCACUAAAAUGUGUGAUCUUAAGUUAGUGGCGUUGAAAUUGAGAUGGUGUGAAUGAUAAAACAAUCCUGAUCAACUAACAGAUAUGCUUGCCUUUGUGUUUUGUCAGGAUCUCAUAGGGGAAUUGGAACUUGGCGGAUGUAAAGAAAAAGAGGAAGAAGUAAUGACGCAGUUUUCCGAAGGUCAGCUCUUCUUUUAGCCUUCUGGAGUUUCAGAAACAGUCUAUCUGAAGUAUCAGUAGACCACUGGCAGCACAAGUUUUUCUGAUGAUGACAUGCACAGAUGAUGCAAAUGCAGAUGAUAGACCCAAUGCUAAUGCUAAUGACAGAAGGGACUCACUUAGCCUUCAAUAUAACCGUUGUAGGUCAAAAAAGUGUGAAGAAGCAUAUCCAAGGUGUCUGAAAACAGGAAGGAUGUGACAUGAGGCUUGACUACAGACUACAUGGGCUUGACUCUCACAUUCAAAGUUGUGUGAAAUUGGUGAACAUACCAUGCUGUAAUACUGACUUGUCAGAUACCAGUCACUGCUUUUUAAUUUUUUAUCGUCUCACCACGUGGCUUUGUUGGAAUAAAUUAUGUUUGUCAGUAUUUGUGGUGCUCACUGACAGUCUAAAGAACAGGACUUAAAGAAAGUGUGGUCCGGGGGCAUUUCUGUCAUCCCUGUCGUCUCUGUCAGUCUGUAUUGGGCACAAGUGUUACUCGUGCGUUUAAUGCAGGCCAAGUGGACAAAACAUCCCUGCUUACUGACAGAAUCAGAGAGUUAUUCACAGAACUUUCACGGGAGCUUGAAUUGAAAAUCCAAUAUACGUCAUUCAAGCCUCUCAAUUGUCUAAAAUUUUUAAAUCAUACUUGCAUUGGACAAAGAUAUUUGGAGAAACUUAGUCAUGGGUAUUGAUUCAAAAAGCUGGACAUACUCUGGCUGCUGGCUGGUAUGGGGUACAGUUAAUUAAAGUGAUAUAUUAAACCCUUCCUCGGAACAGAAACUUGCUAGUCAGUACUUGGGAAUUUUAGUCUGUUUCUAGUCAUUAGGUUCUAUUUGAGGAAUAUUAUAAAAAACUAAACCCACUUCUCUGCUGGUAACCCAACAGAGGUUCCUCUUAAAGCAGGGAAACCACAUCUUUCUUCUGAGGUCCUGCUUAAAGCUCUGUUUCUUCUUCAUUGUAAGAACAUUAGGAUUACAUGUUUGAAUGUUGUGAGCCGAGGUGGGGUUAAAGCCCCCUUAACUUGUACAAGUUACUCAGAUGAGUCACAUAAAUGCCUAGAAUAGAAGAGAAAACAAGUCUGAGCUUGAAACUCAAAAUACCUCAAGUUACAGUUAGACUCACUCCCCUCUUCACACAGAAAAAAACUGUGACACAUUAAUCGCAGUUUUGAAAGUAGUUCCCCUUGCUGAGACGUGAGAAAAAAGCCAGAGAUAUACAGUCAUACAGGUGUAAUAUCUCAUUUUCAUUUUCAUUUGGCAGCUAGAGAGCUCUAAAAUCAAAUCAGGUUGUUUCACACCUGAUACGUAUCUUUAUACUACCAUGACCCUCAAAUUUUUAAACAUUUCAAAUGACACAGCCAAAUAGGGCUGGGCGAUGAACCGAAAAUUUACUGAUACCGAAAUUUACAACAAUAACUGACAUCAUUUUGCCCAUUGUUGGUGUGUUUUGGUAGGCUAUGGUCUCAUGUCCCUUUAAGAAACCCCAUCCAGUCCAUAACAAAGAGGGAAAAACAGGUAAGGGGAUGGAGGACGGUUCAAAAGUUGUAGCGGCUGGAGCAGCGGCUGAAGUAGACCAAGUGAAUGUGGGAGGGGGUGAGCAGCUUAUCGUCCAAUUUUCGUUAUCGUGACAUUGAUUUGAGGCCAUAUUGCCCAGCCCUACAACACAACCACAGCUGUAGAUUAGCUCUUGUGUACUGCUUUAAAUGGCAUCAUUUAUGUUUGAUAAUGUACAUGCUUCCUCCUCAAAUGAAAUGGAAUGAGACUAAACAAAAAUUAUUUGAAUUAAAUAUAAUUAAAUCAAAUUAAUAAUGUUAUGAAGCAAGCCUGGAGAAGUGCUCUUGUCUGACAUGUUUGUUGAGUGCUGCCUCCACUUCACACAGUAAGUGUACUUGGCCUCAGUGUACUCGGUCAACUGCUGCUGCUCAGUCUGAGUGUGGCUGAAAAUGAAACAUGAUAUCAUCCCCCACCCUGCCAUGCCAGACAUGUGUGGCAUUAUGAGAUAAGGACCAUUUGUCCUGUCUGCAAACCCACACAUUUUGAGAUCCACAGAUCAGAGUGUUUUUUUUUGUGCAGUGAGGAUUGUCUGCCGGUUAACAGGUGACGACACUGACUCAUUCUCAGAGCAGGCCUUGUCCACAGAGACUUAACCAUGGUGACACAGAGAAACGUGUGAUACCACCAAACACAAAGGCGUGGGGACGGCUGACACAAACGGAACAGUCUCGGACGUGUUGGUGCUUUCCAUAUCAUGUGUUGACACUGCCUCUAAAUGAUGUCACUGUGACCAUGCCUCAAACAUGUGACUCACUGGUAUCCAUGACCGCAUGAAGAGAGUUGACGGGGUUCAAAGUAACACCACCCAUGAGGAAUGGAAAUCUAUCACUAAAUAGACCAAUUUUUUUGUCUUUUUCUUAAAUCUUUCAGCUCACACCACCUGUUUUGUUCUUAAAUAUCAACUGUGUAUUCACUGCAUUCAUUCGAAAAUCAAGUUUUCACAUCACUUGCUGUGAGAAGUGUGAACUUUAGUGUACAAGGGGUCAGUGAUCCGUAUUUGUUAAACAAACACGCCCUUCUGCUGCUGCUCCUUGCUAACAUUUCCAGAAGCAGUCAGGGAAAUCAUGGUCAUGUACGUUCAAACAAAACUAACUGAGCUAAUAUCAAAAGUCUGUCCAGGGGAUCCUGUUGCUUAGGUUUAUUUCUCAACCGAGGAGCACUUAGUGAAGACAGCAGAAUAAAAACGUCAGUAAAGCAAAAAGAACAGAGUGGAAGUACUUAAAAAAAUAUAAAUAAAUCAGCUGCACAUGCAUUUAUGGUAACAGAGAUGGGGAAAAGAGAGCGAGUUCUCUCUUAAAAUGAACACUUGGGACUUUCUUGUGUAUUUGUGUGUUUCUGCAAAACAUGUUUUCCAGCGACACUCCAGCAAAAUACUGAUGAGGAAGCGUAUUGGGGUGUGGGUAGUUGAGGACUUCACCUCAUCAUUCAUCUCCUUCAACAUGUUUUGCACUGCAGUAAUGACCACACAACAGGCUACUGUUACACACUUGAAUCUGCAGCUUCAGUUUCUGCAGAUCAUGGUACUCACAUGUUGCAGUCAAGGCAAGCCAGCUAGUUACUAAGUCGUCAUCUGUUUCUGUAUUGUGUUGUGAGUGGCAACAGGUGUGAAGAGCCACCCUCUGUAGACUACUUAGUUACACAUCACUACUGGAUGCUUAUGUCAAAAACAAUAUCAAUAUUUCAUUAAAAAAGAUGGUUACUGGUGCUGUGGUUGUACAGCAGUCAGACUAAAACCAUAACUUUGCUGUAAAAUGAUCCUUUUUAAAGUGGCGCUUAAAGUAAUUCAAUUUCUAAAGAGAUUUGAUCAGGUUUUUUCCCUCCUCUGGGGACCGCUUGAGAACUGCUCUGUUUUUGUUUGUUCAUUGUCCGUCCUCUUCUUCUCUUGAUUUCGCAACUGUCCAUACUGGUUGGUAGGUCAAUACGAGUCAAGUUUAUUUUCCCACAGAAGAGCUCGCAGGAUAGUAUGAAGGCACAUCAAAGCAGACAAAGCAGUUUACAAUUCUUGGUUUCACUUCCACCUUGGUCUGUCACCAAGACUGAACUCUAAUUGUGGUUAGAAUCGGAACAUUAAAUAGAGCUUUCUUAAUGGUUGACUGAUAUUAAAAGAAGAGGUUUUUUACUUUCAUUUUGUGGCUCUGUUAGAGAAAUUCAUGCUACAAUUCAACAUGAAUUGGUUGUUAAAUUAAAACGUGGCUCCUUAUGUAGUGCCACCAUGCUCUUUGUAACUGUCAUUAGGGCUGGGCGAUAAACCAAAAAUGUACCAAUACCAAAAUUUACGACAAUAACUGACUCAUAACUGACAAUAACUCAUUUUGUCCAUAUCGGUAUAUUCAAUGUCGAAUAAAUAAAUAAAAGUUGUUUUUGGAUGUGUGUAGGUAGGCUAUGGUCUCAUGUCCCUUUGAGACGCUGCCCUACAACGGAGUCUUGACUCCACCCUAUCCAGUUCAUAACAAAGAGUAAAAAAAAACUGAACGCUUCAAAAGUUGUAGCAGCUGAAGUAGAUGAAGUUAAUGUGGAGGGGGUGAGCACCUUGUGGAGUAGUUAUCGUCCAUUUAUCGUUAUCAAGUUGAACUGCUCAAUAUAUCGUGAUAUUGAUUUGAGGCCAUAUCGCACAGCCCUAACUGUCAUAUAUCAUUCAGGAACAAGAUGUGCCAGCUCCAAGACAGCUGGGCAUCAGUGUUUACAUCCCAGAAAGAGUCCCCUGUCCUAUUCCAAUCCAAUCUAACUUUAUUUGUGGAGCACUUUAAAACAUCCACAGAUGACCAAAGUGCUGUACAGGGUAAUAAAUAAAUGUAUCAGAAAUAAAGACACAACAUCUUACUUAAAACAUAAAACUACAUAUUAAAAACAGAUAAAAUAAUCUAAAAGGCAGAUAACAUAGGUAAAAUAAGAGCUGUGCAAUAAAGGAAACAAUGAAAUAAGAUAAAAAUCAAAUCAAAUCAAGCCAACAUCUUAUUAAGGAACAAAGGUGAAGGAGAAGAGGUGUGGUUUAAGAAGAGACUUAAAAACUAUUAACUUCUGUAGGUUUAUAUCACUGUUUUCUACUCUCUGGAGAAUAUGAUUUGCAGCCCAGUCCCAUUAGUAUUCCUCUGUGGAUCCUUAAAACUGCACGUCUACACUGAUAGUCUAUGGUAUAUGCUCCCUCUGCCUCUGGAGCACUCUGUCCAUUAGCCAAAUUCCUCCCUAUUUCAUUAUGUAAGUGGACAGGUUCCAGCCUUUCAGCCCGUACCCACAACUCCUAAACCACGGAAAAGAUUGCCAGGAGCCCCUCUCAGUCUCAAGAGGAUACAAUCAGGCUGUCUGCCCAAGCUUAAAAUAUGUAUUAGUCCUAAUUGAAAACACUGUUGACAAAAUUGAAAUGUACAGCCGUCUCAGCUUACAGGUAUUACAGAAAUGUUUGUUUUAUCAGAGGGUAGGGACACAAACAAAAUGUACAGCCCUGCUUGGCUGUACUCUGGCUCUGUGGUAGAAAGUAGGCUAUUGACCGAGCUGGUGUCAGAUUUCCCUGCUGCUGCCAUUCCUGCCUCAGACACCCACGGCCUCACAUUGAUUUUAUAAACCACAGCUCCAGGACAGCUUCAAGGCUUUCAAGACCCCUAAUGACAUAAUGGAUGUGUUGGCCAAAGCCGGUGACAUUACAGAUUUACGUCUGCGAUGCCUCUGAUAUGUUUGAAUAUAUGAAUAUUCAGUGUAACGCUGCGAGACACGCAGAGCUUCAGGAGUAGAGUGGUCGCUCUGCGGUGACUGGAAGACAGAGAUAAGUAAGGUUGACAUUCUUUCUUUUGUCCAUGACGGUAAAAGUAGCAAGUCUUACUUCAUCAAUUCAUCUGCGAAGUCUGUGGAGUUGAUACUUACAGAUAUUUCAGAGUGUGCGCAUGUGUUGUCGUCUGCUAAAUAUAAUUUGGUGUUUGUAAAUACGGAGUGUAAGACAGUGAUCUCAAUGUGAGUCAUAAUACCGGUGCCUCGGUGUGUGAUGAUAUUUUUUUAAAUAGCUGAGUGUAAAAUGUGUUUGGACACAAGACGAUGGUCUCAUUUAAAGCAUCAUCUAAGGAUUGUAUACGCAGAACAAGCUCCACCUGCCAGGUUGUCAAUAUAAAUAAUCAAUACAUAGAGUGCAAGGCUAUUGUUGGAUUACCAACCACCUGGAGGACGCAUGAUGAUCAAAGGUCACUAUUGAUCCCUGCUGUACACAGAUGCCGUAUCAAUUGCUUUUCCAUUAGUGGCCCGGGACAGUAGAUUAGGUGCUUUUGAAUUCAUUUCUUGUUUAUUUAGUGGCUAACAAAAAAACUUGCAACUGUUUUAAAUUUGAAUUGAACAUUUGAAAGUUCUAAAUUGGUUACCCACAGUGUUCUCACAGAGCUUUUCUUACUAAAGUUAGAAGUAGCUCUGCAGCAGUACCUCAGACUGAUCAGAGCGACAAAGCUUUGUUCUUUGAACUACUGUCUUUAUAUCAGGGCUGCCAAGAUAUGAGAUUUUCAACUCAUAAUUAACAAAAAGCAUAAUGAUAUUACAGUAAUAGUCAUAAAAACAACUGGGCCAAAUUAGCUGAGAUAUUGCUUAACAGAAAACCAAAAAAUAAAAAAAGUUCAAAUUCAAUGUUAUAACUUCAUAACUGUAAAGAUACAAAGACUAACUUAAUGUUGUUAUUCCAGUCCAAAUAAAAGUAAACUAAUCUUAAUUUAUUCUAUGUAUUGUGGUUAAACUGAUACGUAUUUUUAUUUUCUUAAAGACAGUUAUUAUCAUUAUUAUUACUGGUAUGGGAACAGCUCUACCUUAUAUUCGUGUUUAUUAAUUCCAUAUAGAACCGUCAGUGUUACAGCUUAGACAGCACAUCUACCAGCUGUCAUAUAUACCACAGGGUUACACCUGAGCAAUUGAUUUUUUCUGUCACUACAGCUGUAUACAGUUAUAUGUAAAUUAUGAUGCCAUUCAAACAAGACUUUUUACACACUUUUUACUAAUGAGUGAUUUUUCCUCUUAGUCUGCCCUCCUGUGACUGUCAGAGCCAAAUUGAUUGUGUUUAAGCAAUUUACAAACCGCUAAAGGAAUUUUGUAACAGUACCUCAUUGCUGGGGUUUACAUAGUGCUUCAGUCAGGUUCGAAGAUGACAAAAUGGCCUGACCGUCGGGUUUGGACCAUAGACUGUUUAUAGAAUGGAUACCGUCUGCCUCCUCAUUGGGUGAAGCCACAGCGAGAACAGCACCCUCUGGUGAUGGGCUGCAGUAUAGGUCAAAAAUCCUGCCUCCUCCAGCCAGAAGUGCGCAAGUGGCGGAAUGUGUACAACGCUAUUGCGCAGGUGGUGGUUCCAGGAAGUGGAGAAAAUCCCAGAAAUAUUGUGAGCAAUUCGGCUUCAAAUUCAUAUAAUGAUGGAGGGCGGAGCCAAGUUGUCCAUAGCAUAUGCAGUCUAUGGUUUGGACAGAGACACUGUAGUUACAGCUGAUACGUCACAUUCACUAGCUAACACAGUAUUUCAGUUACUUGUCACCAACUAACCAGUGAUGUGUAAAGCUAAAAAUUCACAAACACAUUACUCAGUGUUGCUUUUCCAUUUUCAAACUAACUAUUUUGAUACCAUUUCUUGAAUGCCCCAUUCUGAAAAUGGACAUCUCUUUUGACUCUUUCCUUUGAAUGUACCAAAGUGUUCGGUAUUUUACUCUGUUUCUGACCUGAAUACAUGAAAAAGCAGUGAUAGAUGGAAUUCUUCUUUAACUAGGACAAUUCUGCCAAUUGGUGACCUAACACAAACUGGCCAGUGACCAAUUUGGGUCUUGACCUUUAGUUUGGAAAAGGCUGAAUUGGAGGAUGUGUCCAACGCCUUCAUAUUUUUCUGAUGUCAUAAUCUGCCUCUUGCGUUAACAACGGGACAGUUUGCUGAGAGCAGACUUGUUCAUGUUUGGGAUUGCUAACGCUGCCCUUUCUUCUGCCCUUUCUUUGAGGCUGUGCCGCUGAAAGAAAUUCUGGGUUGACUCAUCAGGCUGGUAACCGGCUUUGUUUGACCACAUAAAGCAGUCUCCUCAGUCAGUGAAGCAAGAGACCUAAAAGACAACUUGAGUUUGUGAAACUAUUUUUUGUGUGUCGCCUCCGGUCUCUUUGUAAUUAAGUUGAAUUGAUAAGGACUUCACAGAAUAACCAGUAAAUUGAAACAAAGCCAAUUCAUGUUUGCUCAGUUCUUGCCCCUUACACUUACAGUUGUUCAGGCAUGUCAGGGAUUUCAUUCCAUUGAACCAUUUAUGCAAAUUUGUCUGUAAUCUUUGGCACAUUUUUAUGGUGAAACACAUGGUUAGACACCUCUACUCCCUUUCUGUAAAGCUCGUCAUCCUCAAUUGGAUUAACUCAAAUCAUAUACCAAAGCAUUGAGUCUGAAGACAAGCUGCUAUCCUUAAUAUAACACCAUUCCUCAUCUGCUGGAUUUAAAUUGGAGUCGGCCUUUUUUAAGGAAUCACUCUAGAAAUUGCUUCGGAGAGUAAUCACAAAGCAGGCUGUGCCAUGAUUCGUUUAGCAGAUUGAACUGGAGAAGAGCCAGCGGGCUGCUUGAGGAGGCUAUUUGUUUAGAUCAAAGUCUGUGUAUAGUUUCCUCUUUGAGUUAUUGUUGGGGCUGCAAAGAACAGACAAACGAUCUUCUGAGAUUUCCUUGACACAGUAACUCCAGUCUGUAAAGCUGAGCAUUUGGUGCUCCUGUUCUACAUAUUUUUACUCACAUACCACCACUUGAUCAGUUAUAGAGCAUUAAGAUAAAUUCACCAGUAAAUGUACAUGUUCACUAGGGGUGGGAGAAAAAAUCAAUAUAGCAUAGUGCCGCGAUAUUUUGUCUGGUGAUAUAUCGUAUCGUCUCAUUUACAAAGUAUUGAUUUUUCAAAUAAAUUGCUAAUAUGAAGUCAAAUCUCAGAUAAUGGAAAAUAAAAUCAACUGUUUGUUAAGUGAAGUUGGCAGAGGUGACAUCAUAGAGCAGGAGAAAGUUAGCACAACAAAUAUAUAUAAGGUUUGCAAGAUGUGUUCUUUCUGGGGUGGUCUCCAAUCUUCAACAUCAAGUCAUGAUUGAGGAUCGCAAGGGAGAUGUCAUCUUGGAGAGGCUUUCGACUUUGCAAAAGAAAAUGGAUCGAUACAGAGACCAGGAUGGACAAUCAGAGUAGCUGAAGUCUAUUGGAAUGUGGCUACUCGCCCUAACCCAAACAUUGUAAUCUACUAUUCGGCUCCUCGGUAUCGGCCUCGGCCAAGGUCGAUGCUGGCACAACUCCUCCAGGAGAUCUCAGCAAUUGGACGCUCUGAACUUUCCUCCCUAAUCCCCUCCUUCAUGGACACCUGCGGAUUGUUUACUUCGUCUGGAACUCAAUCAAGGUCACCAAGAUUGUGGCGAUGGACGGAGUGACCUCCUGGGCCUACGCACACACGCAUCCAUGAACCUUCACACACACAUGCACAUACGCACACACUCACCUCUCCCCCACCCAACGCCUUUGAUGCUCCACCCCUCAGUGCGGUGGGCGGUACCCUGAUUGGCGGCGCUCACGAUGGGCAGCGCUGUGGGCUUCCCACCAUCACUGAUGACCCAUUCCACCCCCCCCCAAACAACCAUAGCAUGUCUCUGAAUCUCUUUGAAUGUGGUGUCACUAAUGUGCUCAUGUUGCUGAGGGUUUUUUUUGUCACUACACUCAUAUUAAUGAGAGCAGUCUCUUUUUUUUACCUCCUCCUCUCCCUCCCUCUUGUGUGUUCUUUCCCCAUCUGUACAUGCAAUUUCGUUGCGCACAAGUGCAAUGAAAAUAAAGUAUCUCCAUCUCCACAAAACUAUCCAUAUGCGACAAAAAUGUUUCCUUUGUUGUUCUAACGGUCACUGAUUCUGUCUUUUUCUCUCCAGCACUCUGACAGGAUGGCUUCACAGGAGGGCGAGGAGCCCCCUCCAUAUGGGGGUCAAUCAGAUAGCCGCCUUAAGAGCAAGAAGCCGCCCAGCCUCGUGAUAGCAAUCCCUCCACCUGAGAUGCUGAUGUCACAUGACCCUGCAAAACAGGUAGGCUGACCAGUUUCCUACCCACCCCUUUUUUGCCACUGUGUGGGUUGAUUGUCGUUUAAAAUAGAUGUGGUCAAAACGAGUGAACAGCUUCUAUUAGAUAGCCACUUAAAUAUAUACUCCAGUGUGUUUUUGAUGAACGAAACGCUUUCAAAUGUUCUCUGAGGUUGCAAUCUUAUACUCAAUGAUCAAAAACGAUAGAAAUGCUUCACAGUGACGGUAAAUUAAAUUCAAACUGAUUCCCUAAAAUGAGAGAAAAAAGUGUGUUGCUUUGCAGUAAAGGCUGCCUUUGCUAUCUUUAUCUUUAAAAUAUUUCACCUGAUCAAUUCAUCUGCCUUUUGGAAAGAAGAUUAAACAAGACAAAGGAGAUGCCGUACACAUUAAGUAUUUGAGUAAGCCUUUAUGAAUGAUAUAGAUUUGUUCUGUUCGGGGACAGCUGGCUCUGUCCGUGUUCCCCUGAUUUCCCUGUUUGCUCUGGCAGGAAGGAAUUUCAAGCAGCUGUCAUUGAGCCUCUGGGCACAAGGUCAUAAGAAUCUCCAUUAGGCCUCAAGCCUUGACCAUAAAUGCUGUUAUUUCAGCUUCACAAAGUAGGGGUAACCAAAGUCUAGUCGAGCAUGCUGUAGUUAGAGUUCUUAAAUAGCAACAAGUGUAAUAAAUGUGCAAACAUGGAGGGAAAUUAGGCAGGUACUCAGGAAAUGUUUUGCUACGUCAUGCUCUUGAGUUAAUACUUAAACAGUCACAACUGCACUUGAAUGGUCAAGUCCUCUUCAGUAAUCUUACAAUUUAUAUUUUCAUAAUCCGUAUGAUUUCACAAACAAUAAUAUAAAGCGUCAGAACAUUUUAAAAUUCAGAAUGAGAUUAGCGUUUAAAUUUGGGUUCACUACAUGCUCUAUAAAAUCCCAAGAUCAACUAAUUUGUGCUGUUUUCUCUUGAGUUGUUUUCUCUCCAGUAAUGUCUCUGUGGUAGCAGAAACAGAGACAGUGUAUCACUCUGUCUCAACAAGCUGAGCCACAAACUGAGCACACUGGCUCGCUCACAGCUUCACUUCAAGCCCCAUUAACUCUCAGAAUGACAGGGCCAUUAGCCUCGCCUAAAGCAGAGUCAAUCCAGGUUAAGGAAAUGACCACUCAGAGGAAUUGCUGCAACACCCAAGAUCACCAUAAACUGCAUGAACAAAAAAAGAUGUUGGAAAGAACAGACAGCCUUUGAUUAUACGACAUAUUGUGGGAUUUUAAAAUGCUUACUUGAUAUUAGGGCUGGGCAAUAAACUGAAAAUUUACAGAUACUGAAAUUUAUGACAAUAUCUAAUGUCAUUUUGCCCAUGUCAAUAUAUUCGGUGUCAAAAAAAUUAAAUAACUGAAAGUUGGUUUUGGAGGUGUGUAUGUAGGCUAUGGUCUCAUGUCCCUUUAAAAAACUGUCCUACGUAGGAGACAUGACUCCACCCCAUCCAGUCCAUAACAAAGAGGGAAAGACAGGCGAGGAGAUGGAGGACGGUUCAAAAAUGGACGAAGUUAAUGUGGAAGGGGGUGAGCAGCUUGUGGAGUAGUUAUCGUCCAUUUAUCGUUAUCGAGGUGAACUGCUCAAUAUAUCGUGACGUUGAUUUGAGGCCGUAUCGCCCAGCCCUACUUGUGUUUAGUUAUAAUGGAAUACUAUGGAAAUAACUGAAUCUUUGACUCGAAUGUUUCAAGCUGUUUUAAUUUGCUCUUCAGACAAAAUAAUCAUGCAGACCCUCCUAAUUAUCUGUUUCAUUUAUAAACUUUCAUUUCAACAAAAGUGAAUUCUCUUCUUUUAUUUUAAACUUUUCAUCAAUAUUGAAGAUUAUUUUUCUGUUACUUCAUUUCCCCUUUCCUCCACUCAGCCGCUGCGACCAUCUCUGAAGAAAAGUAUGAGUGGCCAAGCAGGCGAGUCGGCAUCAGGGAGCAUCAGUGGAGCUGGAGACGGACGCUUCUCGGCCAGAGAGAGGAGGCCCAAGCUUGGCAGACAAACCUCGCUCACACAAAGCAUUCGCAGGUGAGGAGAGGUUGUGGGGGAAUUGUUAAUGAUGAUUCAAUGAGGCAUGUUUUUGUAUAAGACCGAAGACAGAUACACAGGAAGUAGGUAGUCAUGAUCAGACACUAUGGAAAAAUUAGGCCUCUAAUUUUCCUGAUGUUAACACCUCCUAAACUAAAUAUAGCAUCCGUAGAGUUGGGAUCGCUGGUGAUAAUUAGCACUAAGAUAACAUAUCUGAGCGCUGCCUUCACACCUCUCUUGUUAGUGAUGCAAUGAUGGUCUCUAUGGAAAAUAAGCUCUCGUAACGCUCGAAAAGUGUGAUCCUCAAAUUGUAGGCAACUCUUCUCCUACAUCCCCCAAUCUGUGCAUUUCUUUUAUCUGCUUAAUACAGAUAUUGGCACUUGUUUGUCCAAUUUUGUGCAAUGAUAAAAACAUGGCAGUGCAAGAUUGUGCAAGGCUCAUUUGGAGUGGACAAAAACACAGCUGUUUUUGCUAAAUGAUGCACUGCACCCCCAAACAGCUACCAAAACUUCUCUCUCCAUAUAUAUAUAUAUUUUUUGCCUUUUAACAUCAUUCAAGGUCUUGCAAUAUGAUGAAAAUAUAGAACCAGCAGCUCACAUUCAAAUGUUGAUGUCACCUGUACUCGCACUGAUGCCGCCCUCUCGCUUUUGUAGGAACACGGCGACAUGGUUUGGCGUGGGGGAGGACUGUGAGACCAAGCAGCAGGUAUGGCACAGAAAGAGUCUGCGCCACUGCAGCCAGCGCUAUGGCAAGCUGAAGGCCCAAUAUAGGGAACCUGACACGGCCACCAGCAUUGACCAGGGCCCAGACUCACCAGCUACACAGAGGAUGCCCAAGGUACGGUUCUGUCAUGCAGACGCUUUAACACCACAAUCAAGACAUGAAUCCAUAUUCUGAUGAAGGAAUGAAAACAUGAGCUUUUAAUCUCUGCCGUACAGAAAUCAAACAGAAAACACAUUUUCUACUAAAAGAUGGACAAAAACAGGGCAAGGACCAUGUAAAUAUGUGUCUAGAAUUCAUAAAUCAGAGAGCUGAAUGGUGACAGACGGAGACCAUCUGUGUCCCAGUUGAAUCUUAUCGCUUCCUUCGAUGUGUGCCAGAGCUCAACUCAUCUACUCAUCAUCCAGUGUUUUGUUUUCUGUUCUUUGUCUUGUGCUUUCUAUCUUGUUAUCUGGAAACCCAGUGAAAAUAUUUUCCACCUCGCACCAUUGUUUCUUUCCUGUUAUUUGUACCUUUACGUGUUCACAGAGACCCAGAAAUGAACUUCUUACUGGAAGUCAGUUCACAGUGGAUGUGAAGAAAAACGUCUGAAGAUGUUCUUAAAAUUUCCCCGACUUUGUCAGUGUUGACUCUAACCUCUGGUUUCAGAUUGUGGAUCCCUUGGCACGGGGACGAGCCUUCCGCUGCCCUGAUGAAAUGGACAGCCGCUCACCCUGGACGCCUCACACCACUCAUGGGGGUCCCUUCACCCCAGGUGUCACCUCUCUCAGCUCAUUCACCAGCCAGCGCUCUGGAUACUCCCGCUUUCCCCGACGGAAGAGGGAGUCUGUCGCCCGCAUGAGCAUCAGAGCUGCAUCCAACCUGCUGAGGGUCAGUGGCUGCAAAACCUGUGUAGCACUUGUUGAAACUACAACUUAUGCAUGAUCUCCAUAUUCAGAUACAAAUCCAAGGUAAAGAGGCCAGGUGACACAGAAGUGGUAUAUCAUUUUGCAAACCUUGGUUUUAAUUUUUCAUCGUCAUCUGUUAUCACCAAAAACAUAGAAAGUAUUUCUGAUGUCAGACAUUUUAUAUCUUAAAAAAGGUUUCCAGACUUUAACUGCUUGUUAGUUACUACUUGUGUACACAUUUACUCUGUCUGGGCACAAUCUCGGCAAAAUAAAACACUAUUCUGAUAUACACUCUGCCAGCUAUCAUAAUAUUUUUAGGAUUUGGGUCUCUCCAGUGGUUUUAUUUAUCUGUUUCCUUAAUUUAUCUGCAUGUUAAGUUAUCACUUUGAUAAUAUGACAGGAAAAGCUGUAAGUGUGCUAUAUUCUCUCAGGAUCUUGUUAUUGAGUGAAGCAUAAUAUCUCAGAGUCAUUCUCUACGUGUUAAGUAAUCUCCAGUGUUUGUUGAUAUGUUCUUUAGGGUCGCAGUGGCUUAGCGGGCUCACAGACGGGUCGCAGUUUCCCCAAGAGGAGCUUUGUCAGGCCCAGCUGGAUGGACGAGGAAACCGUAGACUCUGCAGACACGCCCGAGUCCCUCUUCUUCAGUAAGGUCAGGAGUGACUCUGUUUGUCUCGUGUCGAUUUCUUUUCUGCGAAAUCUGUUUGCUUCAACUUUCUUUGGUAACUUUUUCUUCCUGCUUCCUCUCUUUUCCUGCUAUCGUCAGCAGUCACACUUCUCCACCACCGUGCCCUACUUUGACUGAUUGUCUGCCUUUUUUUUAUUUACCUCAGUUAUGCCGCAGCCACUUCCUUCUUCCUUCUUUCUUUAUCGCUCUCCCCUUCUCUUUUUUACUCCUCCUCAAUCAUUCACUGCUUGUAGAAACACAGUUUAAACUACAGGAUCUUUUUCCUUAGAGAAAAUACAAAGACCUGGCUGUCAAUAAGUCAUCAUCUCAUUUUCAUGUUUCCUCUGUUGUCACCUUUUACCUUCCCUGCACAGGUUGAUGCCCAUGAUGAGUUUUACUCCAUGGCUGAUGAUGUAUUUGAAUCACCUCCCAUGUCUGCAGCUUUUGGUCCAUGUGAACCGCCUGAUCAGAAGUUCCCAAGCCUGUAAGUGACUGCAAAUUUUGAUCCACAAAAACCACAUGAAAGAGGAUCAUAAUCCUUCUCUUAUUCUCUCUUAAACCCCAGUAAGGACGUGUCUCGAACACCCAGGACACCUAUAGCAGUGCCUGACAAGAGCCAUCCUCGUCGAGGUGGUCGUAUCGCCUCUCAGGUUAAGCACUUUGCAUUCGACAAACAUAAGCGCCAGUACGGCAUGGGCGUAGUGGGAAAGUGGCUGAACCGACACUACAGACGAAGCCUCAGCAGCAACGUCCAGAAGCAGCUGGACGACUUCCACAGCCACAGGUUAAGAAUGCUAAUGAGUGCAACAAACACAUGAAACCCUUUCAGACCUCAAAUGAUUGACGUGCAGAUCAUAAUCAGCAAGAGAGGGCGAAGAUUUGAUAACUACUGCUUCACUUUUCUACUUAUUUCUUUAAUAUUUACAUUAAAACAGGGAAAAUAGUCUUGUAAUCUUAAAAGCAGAAGAAACAGUGUGACGACAACAGUUUGUUCCCCUGUUCUCCCAUGUCGCCUUUGGACAGCAUGUUAUGAAACAGUUUGUUUCCUCUGCUUUGUUUGCAGGCCCUACUUUACCUACUGGAUCACAUUUGUCCACAUAGUCAUCACUCUGUUGGCCUGUUGUACAUACGGUUUUGCCCCUGUGGGGUUUGCACAACAUUCGACAUCUGAAUUGGUGAGUGAAACUUUGGAGUGACUUUAAUUUUUUAAACCAAAUGUUGUUGCAUUUCCACAAUUCAGCUCCCUGAAGGGCACAGCCUUCCUUUUAUAUGUGGAUUAUGAAAUUAUGGAUUUUAAUAUGUAGAUGCCCCUGAGAAUCGCCCUCAAUCCAUUUUUUGGCUGAAAGCAACAGAAGUGGUUCCUUGUUUUUUCUGUGUUUUUAACUCUUCAAAGUGAUACCAUAAGGGAACGAUAAACUCAUUUGGCACCUCUGUCAUGUUGUACAUUUAGAAGAUGUUUCUUAACUGUGGCGCUUUGCUGCCCUCUGCAGGUGCUGAAGAACAAAGGCAUUUAUGAGAGCGUCAAGUUUAUACAACAAGAGAACUUCUGGAUUGGUCCCAGCUCUGUGAGUGCUCUGCUGGCCUCUCAUCAGUAGAUUAUAAAUCAUACAUUUUGUAUUAAUGUGUAGUGCAUUAAAGAUCAUUCCUCUGUAAGGUGUUAAGCUCACUGUUUUUAACACUUAAUAAACACUGCCAUAAAUGUGCUUAAGAGGUGGGUUUAUAUAGAGUGUUACAUAAAUUUCUCCAUCUUUUCAGGAUGAUCUGAUCCACCUUGGGGCAAAAUUCUCUCCCUGCAUACGACGGGACAAACAGAUAGUGAAUCUGAUCCAGAAGGCCAAAAAUCUGGAGAGAGAAUCCGGCUGCUGUGUUCAGAAUGAUAAUUCUGGGUGCGUGCAGACGCUCAGCUCCGACUGCUCGGUAACUGUCCCACCCCGCAUUUUCAUACUUUGAUUUAGAGCCCGUCAGUGCAUGACAACCACAUGUGAUUGGAGAAAAAACAAAAAACAAUUGCACUAUCAAAGAACAUGCACAAUAAAUUAGAAUAAAAAAGUAUUUCUCAUACUUUAUAUUCUUUAUAUUCUUACUGAUAUCGUUCUGGUUUGAAAUUUCAAUCAUAUCGAUAUACACAAGCAGAAUGUCUCCGUUAAAAAUAUAAUUCCCAUGUGAUUAUAAUUAGUUUCUUUAAACUGCUAACUAAUUGUGUUUGUGCAGGAGACUCUGGCCACCUUUAUUAAAUGGGACAAGGAAAAUGUGGACAUCGAAAGGUCCUCUGGUUCUGUCUGUAGCCAAGACCCCAGGUAAGAAAGUGGAAAUCUUAACUGUGGCGUAUGACCUGCUGAUCUCAGAAAAAUAAUCAAGUAUUUGUCACGCUGGAAAACUCAUCAUAUUCUCUUCUCUUGUGUUGCACGGCGUGAGCAGAGUGUGUGAGGAGCCUGCCUCUGCAGAGCCUCAUACGUGGCCCGAUGACAUCACCGAGUGGCCAGUGAGUGAAAUUCACCUACAACUUUUUCACUUGAACAUUAUUUCCAUGCAGCUGUCUAUAAAUGGUCCAUAUAUGGAAAAAAAAGAUGAUAAAUUUUGCUUAAUAUUUCUGUGAUAUGCUGCACUUCUUGUCGCUCUUCAAGGUUUGCACGUAUCCUAAGGAAUGGAACCACACAGGCUACAGACACAUGGACUGUAAAAUCAAGGGUCGGCCUUGCUGCAUUGGAACUAAGGGCAGGUGAGACCCAACAGGUCGACACACUUCAUGUUGUGUUUCAUGAAGUCCUGCAGUUGAUGUGUUGCCCCAUUUUUUAAUCAACCUAAAAACCUGCUCCCUGCUAGGUCAAGUGGAGAAAAUUUUAAAAUGCAUUUUGCUUUUCCCUCCUGUAGAUGUGAGAUCACAACCAGAGAGUAUUGCACCUUCAUGCACGGUUACUUCCAUGAGGAGGCCACACUCUGCUCACAGGUAUUGUGUGCACAUGAGUAAUGUGUGUGUUGUGUGCAUGCAUCUAUUAGUGUGUACGUAUGUCUCUGAACUUCCGCUUUUAUCCUUACGCAGGUUCACUGUCUGUAUGAUGUGUGCGGCUUAUUGCCCUUCCUCAACCCUGAGGUCCCUGACCAGUUUUACCGCCUGUGGCUCUCUCUCUUCCUCCAUGCAGGGUAAAACGCACCACUCGAUGUACAAAUAUCCUCAGAGAAACAAUCAUUUAUUAAUUUUUAAGCAAAUAAGUUGUUUUGAUUGUAUUAUGUUCUGAAUUUGUAUUUUAUGCGCUUUGUUUUGCAUUGUUAAAAUGUCACAUAGCAGAUGAUUUCAGCUGAGUCAGCCAUUCUUGUAUACUGUACAUUAAGCCCUAACAGAAGAAAUGACAGGGUCUUCAGGAUUCAAAGCCAGGGAAUAUUUUUAAAGCUCUGAUACACGUGAGCAGCUCACUCAUGUGAGUAUUAACUGUGCUUAAACCAGGCACAUGAGAAGCCCCUCAGGUUGAUUUAAAACAAGUAAACAAGCAGACCGGGAAAGUUUCACCAAGUAAUACAUAUUUUGCGUAUGUAAUCAAUGCUUCUGAACUAAGUAAAUAUUAGCGUUUCUUCCAUUAAUAGAAAUCAUGACAUAAAUUUUCAUCAGCCACCUUCUCCAUGUGACAAAGAUUUGACAGUGCCGAGCUAAAAAAUUGUAAUUGGUAAGAAAAAUCAUGUUUUGUUUUCGGGAACAAGAUGAGACUAGACAAAAAAUUUAGAGGUGGACCACUGGACAUUUAAAACCCCAAAAUAUUUCCCCACUCUGAGUCAUAUCUUUCAGUCAAAUACAAGUAAAUCAUCCCUAUAGCUGAGGAAGAUCAAAGUUUGUCACCUAUCUGCAAUAAGUGCUGCAGGUUCAGAUUCUUACUGCCUCUCAUUUUCAUUGAAAUGUUAGUCUUGAUUCACGUCUGUGGCAAAGCUACAUCCAGCUACUGAGUUGACUUUGGUUUUUUAUUUGGCGUCUGAUAUAUUGUGCCCAAAUCAAAGCUAAUCGAUUUCGGUUACGGCCUCAAUUCAUCUUCAUUUGACUCAGGUUUGAGAGCAUCUAAAAUAAGAAAUUUGCAAUUUUGAACAACUCUUCAUCAGUUAGAAAGUUUUGUUCCUUAAUUAGACACAGGGCGAAUAACUCCACAGCCACAUAAAGUAUUAUACUCUUACCUUGCCUUAUUAGAUCAGAAAGCACAGCGCAGCAGAAUUACAUGAAGGGUGAAGUCCAAGCCAGAUUAUCCAACCAGGGUAAGGAAGCCAGAUAUAACAGGAAAAAUUGUUCCAUGAAGAAAAUGCUGCUUUACAAAUUUAAAAUAUAGAUUCUGCUUUGGUACCGAUUUCUGAUCAGCCAACUGAAUUAGUUUUAAGAGUGGAAAUAUUUUGACAAAGAGAAAUGUCUAAAAUGUUCAGACUAAAAUCAAGCUAAAAAAGCUAUAAAAGGCAAAAUGCCCUACAUUGUAAUUGGCAUUUUCGUCUAGAGACGUGACUACAUCUUUUAUGGAAGCCAAAGUUAAACUUCUAAAUAUCUGUAAAUUUGAUGAGUUUGUGUUUUUGUGUUUAUUUAGGCUGUUCCAUUGUGCGGUGUCAGUGGUGUUCCAAAUGACCGUACUGAGAGACCUGGAGAAAUUGGCAGGUUGGGUCCGCAUCUCCAUGAUUUACAUUCUCAGUGGCAUCACUGGAAACCUGGCGUCUGCCCUGUUCCUGCCGUACAGAGCUGAGGUAGGUCCUUCACAUUUGUACAUACAGAGAGACCAAGUAUUUUUUUUUAUGAUGAACUGAGGAAAAAUUAGUUGGAUGUUGUUUGAGCAGAGCAUUAUAACAGGGACUCUCCCUAUGAAUGCUACUCAGAAAUGCUGGUUUCAGGCAAUGGAGAAAAAUCCUAGAAAUAUUGAAAGCAAUUUGGCUUCAAAUUCGUAUAAUUACAAAAGGCGGAGUCAAGUUGUCCAUACUAUUAACAGUCUAUGAUAUUCACCCUAAAAAUUAAACAUAAAGGCUUCUUAAAGCAGAUAUCCUAAGACGGUGAUUUAGACAAAAUUAACGAAAAAUCCGACAAAGAUGUACAAUUUAAUUCAUGCAGCACACACAAAGUAUUUCUUUGAGCAAACAGCAUUUAGACUAUCUAUCUAUCAUUAACCAAGACAAUUUUUACAGCUUAUUUAACAGUGAUUUUAGGUUAAAAUACUAGUACAAAUACAGAAUAUUAGCAAUUGCCACACUCUUACUGAAAUCUAUUUGAGAAUGCUUUCCUGUUUUUCUCAGUUCGCAGCUUAGCUCAGCUUAUCUCGGCUCAUUUAACGAAGGGGCAUUUCUGACAAUAGGGAUUAUUAGAGCAGACUUGACUGCCCACUUCUAGAGUCUGGAGAGAAAACAGGCCUUAUGUUGUUUACCUGGAGAAACUGAGCCUCAUAAACAUCUGAUGAAACAGCUUCGCUGUAGCAUUACUUCUACAGCUCAGACCUGAGCGAUUAUUAAGCCAAAAGGUGGAAGGGCACCUUGGUGUAGUAAGCGUACACUAGAUGGUCUCUCUUAACGUCACCUCCCUUCACUCCUGCAGGUUGAACCAUCAUUUGUCUUGUGUUAUUCUGGACGUUGUCUCUGUAAUUAAUCCACUCUGUAGUGUCCUGUCGGAUGUGGUGGUGGUGGAAAGUGGAUUAGGUGUGUGUAUCUGAGAGGGUGUUAAAUCCACAGCAGCGAAAUUUUGUCUGAGGAGAAGUUGUUAGACACCUACUACAGCCCUAUAGAAGAAAGUGGGAGCUAUCGUAUAGAAAUGGAUGAAAGUAGAAUUAAAAAUAUUGAAAAAUAAAGGCGGUGAUCCAAAAAAUGUCAUUAUCUCGGUCAUUUUUGAAAACAACACAAGCUUGAUACUACGACGUAAGCAGCAAUAUCCUUGUAUUUGGUAACUUCAUUGUUUCACAGUCAUAAUCUAAUAAUUCAGUGUUAUAAUUGCAAAAAAGAACAACAUGUUGAGUGUGUGAAAAUACCAGAGCCUGGAUUACCUACUUUUUACAGGCACGUCUGUUCUUGUCACUGUGUCUUUGUAAAGCACACUUUCCUCUUCUCAGGAUUAGCCUAAUGCCAUUGUGAGCAGGUUGACAAAGGCCACUGCUGUGUAACUUUAUAAAUAAGAUUAUUCUUUUUGUGUUUUCCAAAAAAACGUACUAUUUUGGCAACAUCACAUUUGUCUGAGGAUUCCCCUGGUCUGUACACCUGAUGGACACCUGAUCACAUGAUGGACAUUAGUUGAAAAAUACAUACACUACACAAUUUAUGACAACACACAUAAUCUAUGGUACUUUUUUUUAUCUUGACCCUUAUAUUUGUUUACUGGUGUCCUCACAGCAUAUGCUAUUUGCCCAUAAGCCGACUCCAAAUGCUCCCAUCUGAUAUUUACGUGGUGAGACAUGAGGUGGCUCUCAGGAUGACGUACCUUGACGUGAGAGCCAGAAAUCCCACCAUGCAGCUCUGCUUGGCACUGACCAGCUCACAGGUUUUCACACACCCGGAAUAACUAGAGGAAGCACAUGCAAGGCACAACACACGGCGGUCAAGCCACUUAAGGAGACGCUUUAAGUGGAUAAUCCUUUAACUGUUGAGUUAAGGAGACCCUGUGGCUCGAGCAAAUGUUGACUCAAACAACAGCUGUGACUGGAAUCAUGACUACUCUUCGCAUGUGAAGUCGUACAGAAGUGAGAAAGUACGGCAGCUUCAUUUUCAACUCUGGAGAGGUGAAAUCAGAGCUGACAUCAGUUUUGAAAUUAAAGUCACAUUUCAUCAAGUGAGGGGAGUGUUAUUGAGAAAGAUGUUGUUUUUCAUUCAUGUUAAAUAUUCAACUUAGUGUUGAAUCCCAGUAUUGAACAUAUUGGACACAGGCAGUGGUAGUGUCAGAGGAAAUGCAGGGUGUAUAAAAGCAGUUUAUUUUAUAUUUUAUAAACAUCUUCAUCACCCACUGCAACAGUUACAUCAUAUGCAUCAUUAUCAUCAUAAAAAACCCAAUUAUCAUCAAUAACAUCCUCAAUAUUCUUAUCCUUGAUACCAUUAUCACCAACAUCAUCGCAAGCAACAAUAACAUGAAGUGUGUAGAUCUUUAUGAUAGAGCUGAGUCUUUUGUUUUCUCAUUGAGAUUGACAGAUACUAAGUGGCUCGGGGGAAGGCAGUUGAGUAAAGUCUUACUGACUUUGACGUUGUGAUGGGUUGGUUGAAGACAAGUCAUGCUACUGCGUUCUGGAUCGCCUGCAGAGGUUCAAAUGUGCAUGCAGGGAAUCCUGCCAGUAAUGAGUUGCAGUAGUCAGUGUAUGCUAUUACAAGAGCCUGUACCAAGAGCUGUGUUGUAUGCUCUGAUAGGUUUUAUCUGGCCUUCCUUGUGUUCAAAAGGGCUGAUCAGGUCAUUAUCAGGACACCCAGGUUCUGGGUAGACUUGGUGGGCAUAGGUUCAGUUGUUCCGAGCUGUAAAUUACACGACGUAUGCAUGAAGGGACUGGCUAGGAGGACAAGAAGCUCAGUCUUCGACAAGGUAUCUUCUUCACAACUAUGGUAUGAGAAACUAUGUGCAUGGACUGUUGCACAAAGUUCGGUGGUGUAUAUUGAGAAGAAGAGGGGACCAGACACUAAACUUUGAGGCACCCCUAAUGAUAAACCAUGUGCUUGGACACUCCUCCCCUGUUCCAGAAACUUGAUUGAAGUCUAAUUGAAGAUCAGUGAAAGUGGUCUGGCUUGAAGUAGACCAGCGACAAGUUGUUGAUGUGUGUAACUACAUAGGAGAAAUAGUCCGCAGGAGGUCUGAAGGUAUCCGGUGCUGUGGAUGGUUAUGGGUCGAGAGUAGCCAGAAGCCUUCUAGCUCAUUCAAAGAGGAGAAUAAGGUGAACAGCCGUGUGACUGUCAGUGCUGUCUGGUUGUUUUUAAUUCUAAGAUCUUAAAAUCUAUUAAAGGAGGAGCCUGAGAAUGGUCUCCUGGAAGUGUAUAUGAAGAUCUUAGGUGUUACUUACCAGGAAAUAAGGAUGAGGAGGUCUGGCAGACUGUCUGGGAAUACACUAGUUAGAAACAUGUGAGCUGGCAUGACGCACUGCUGCUGUCGGCUGAAAUGUAGCUGGUUCUGUGUGACUUUUCUACCACACAACAUAAGGAAAUACUCUAGAGUUAGAUUACCAAACUACUGUUUACUACAUCAACACCUGUGUGAACAUAAAGAGCUGCAACUUCAUAUUCUGACCUGAUAAUAAAAUUAAUUCACACUCUUGCUGGUGACAUGUCUAUAGGUCACAGUCUCAAUUUCAGAGUCACACUUCAAUUUGUGACAGUGGAAAUUAAAAUAAAAUUAUACUGUAUAUUUACAUUCUCCAUAAUUUCACAACAGCCAUUUAGUGUCUAUUAUGAUACCUUUACAUCUGAGUUCACAUCUCAGCCAAUGGUGAGCUACCACACGGCGUGUCAGGAACGUGUCAGCCUACGUGUCUGGAGCGUGUGGGUGGAGUGUUGUGCCAUGCUCCUUUUCUGUUGUGAGAGUUUAAUGUCUUCACAGAUUAGCCAUCUGCCUCUGACCAGGCCAAGCCUCCAAACUCAGUGCUGACGUCACUCUAAUCUGCUAGCCUCUACUACCUGACCCAGGCCUCAUAUUGUGGUUCUUCCACAGAAAGAACUCUAAAACUCAAAGAUACUCGAGGUGGAAAACAUCUCAAUCAGGUUUUUAUUCAGCGCUGAGCCAUCGAGACGGACAAACUCACACCAUUAGUUUACGUUUAUCGUCAAGAACAUUUUGGAACCAGAAAGAGACAUUGUCCCUCAUUAAUUCACAAUCUGAACAUACUUAAAUCUGGUAAGGUUUCAGGGGGUCAGUUGAAAUAAUUGUGACCUAAAAGACUGUCUUAGUAACACUUGGGGUAAAUGCAAACUUAAAACUGUAAAGAAAAGUUCACCAGAUAAAUGUUUUUCUCAGUAAAUCCCUUGUUCAGUCCCCCUCAAAGAAAAAAAUACAAGAAUCUUAUAGUAACCUAAUGGCAUCUUUUGUUUUUGCAUUGAUUUAACAACAAACCAUGAUGUCUUGUCUGUGUAGGAGAAAACUUCAUUUGGAUACAGUCGCUCAAAUCAUGUCUAUCCAAGGUUAUGAUUAAUGGUCCCACAUUGUCCUGCUCCUCAGCCAGUUGAAAGUAAAAGUCCAUCUUUUUCGGACUUUAACGAAAAAUACUACCACACGGCCGACAUCACCCCUACUCCUUGUUACUUUAUUAGUAACUUAUUACACAGUGUUGUUGUGAUCACGUGGGCUCCGCAUGCUGGAUCUGGGUGCUGCAAGAUAGAUGUGCUGGAGCGGAAUCUUGAAUGGACAGCUUGUAUCAGAGUGCUGAUAUCUGAGAUUUUAGAUGCAGGUCAAUAAAUCAGAUAUUAAUAUCGUAUCGGCACACUCCUAUUUUAGACUUGUAGGUUCCUGUUUUGUACUCACUUGUUACACAAACAACUUGUCAUUUGGCCGGGACAUGUAGGUGACAGUGUAAGUUUGUUUACUUCGUCUCUGUGGUGUAACGGUAGACCUCUGGCCGCCAGCCAGUAAACCUGAAGUCAAUUAAAAACAGAUACAAACAUGCCUGUGCAGCCAGCUAAGAAAAGGAGCGCUUGAUUGUUUUUUUGUUAUUUUUUGACUUUUUAGAAAUACAGCACAUUUAGAAAAGAAGACACUACUUUUGACUCUAAAUCCUGCUGCUAUGGUGUAAUGUAACAGUGUGUUGAUUUGUUUAGAUAAGUCUAUUGCUGCCGUCUAUAUUGAACCUCACAUCGUGUAAAUGUGGAAAUUGAAUUCAGUGUGACAUAUUUUGACCUAAUUUCGUAUAACCUACUUAUAUGAUUGUGACUCAGAGGAGCUUUUACCUCAUAGUUCAGAAUAAAAUCUAUAAGAACGCUUUUAUUUCACACGUGAAGAUGACCACUGACGCUGUCAACCAGAAUGAAGGCGGCUCAAAAGGCGUCAUGCCCCAAAUAAACAGGAUGUAUGCAUUUUAUGUCUGCUACACAUCAGAGCUGAUACUUGUCAUGCAUAUGUCCGAUAAACACCAUAAAGGGGACAUAUUCUGUUGUCCUCUAGUUUAGGCCUGAACCACUUUGACAUCCUCGUUAUGUUUGUUUGAAAUUGACUUAUUCGACAGUCUCUAACUCAUUUGAUUCUCUUUCUCCAGGUGGGUCCUGCAGGGUCUCAGUUCGGACUUCUUGCCUGCCUGUUCGUCGAGCUGUUUCAAGGCUGGCAGAUGUUGGAGAAGCCGUGGAAGGCCUUCCUCAAACUGCUUGGUAUUGUGCUCUUCCUCUUCAUGUGCGGCCUCCUGCCGUGGAUAGACAACAUCGCUCACAUCUUUGGUUUCCUCAGCGGCAUGCUGCUCUCCUUUGCCUUACUGCCCUAUGUCACUUUCGGCACCUUUGAUAAAUACCGUAAACGUAUCCUCAUUGCUGUCUCACUGGUGGCCUACUUGGGUCUCUUUGCCUCCCUUAUUGUUUGGUUUUAUAUCUACCCAAUUAACUGGCAUUGGUUGGAGCAUCUCACCUGCCUGCCCAUGACAAACAAGUUCUGUGAAAAGUAUGACAUAGACCACGACAUAAACGAUGUGGUGCACUAGAUGUCCAGCCAAUAAUGAGGUCAGCUGUUUCCAGGUGGCCUUUCAAGAAAGUGGCAAUCACAAAAGACCCAAGGAACAAUUCAUGUGAUUGGAACCAGCUCCACAGCCUGAGACGUGCUUAGUCCCUUAAACUUGACUCAACCUGUUUGUCCUCAGUCAAGUUGAUUGGGCUAGCAGAUCCUCCGAAUCAGAGGACAGGAGAAGUAACUCAGGAAGUCUGAAGAGCCUGAUGAACCUGUAGGAAGAGAUCUGCAGAGCCUAGACCACCGGUUUCUUUUGGGAAAGUUGGUAUAAGAAGGGUACAUGGCAUGUAUCGCCAAAACAACCACAAACUUACAAGGAAUGACAAACAGAUGCAAAGAAACACUGAUGCCAAAGUGUGUCGCCAACACUACAAACACUGUCGUUCAUUUCUGCUCUUCCUCAGAGUCUGGAGGGACACCAUCGGAGUGGAAAGCUGUUUUUUUUUUUUUAACUUUUGCUUUUUUGUACGUAUGCACUCAGCAUGUCAAUGUUCUUCGGACCAGUGGAAUGUUAUGUGAAAGUGAAUGAUGUGUUCAAACUUUUAUCUGUGCAGCUGAAAUAUUCAAAAAUCUGUGGUCAACUUAGGCAACGUUUCUAUCAAAAACCACUAGUUGCCUUAAACCUGUUAUGCCAUAUAACUAAGAUGCCUCAUAGUAAUUUUCAUAGUGCUUGAAAUCAACAUCCUAAUACUGAUGAACACAUUUUCAGUGCUUAUUUACCAAAGCAACCUCACAUAGAGCUUUUAUGUACAUGUCGAUUCUGUUAAAAUGUCUUUUCACAAACACUUAGUUUUUUUCUUUAUCUCACUUCCACUAACCGAAGUUUGUAGUCAAGCUCUGGGCAUGCUUAUGCUGCGUCAUGUUUACUGGAUAACACAGUGGUGCCUCAACAUCCUAAAGUUACCACUGAGAAAAAAAUAACAUUCAAAUUUCAAGGUACUGUUAUCUUUGCAGGCGCUUUGUUUGGACCGAUCAUCUUUUUGUUUCUUUUGGUAUUUGGAAAAUCAGAAAGUCAGUCACAAGAUGUCAUUAGUGUCACCUGAGCCUCACUGUGACAGAAAGUAGACAGUAAAACAGCUUGUUUGGCACUUAAGACUAGUUCCUGUGAUAAAACAAGGGAAGAAAGAUGAAUUUUAAGUGUCAUGGCUGACAGCAUUUUCUUUUAGCAUCUUUGAGACUUGAUGUCAGCUUGUGUUAUUUGUUUUUAACCUCCAGGUACAUCGUUUUUAAUACAUUGACCUCCACUGGCAGUUGUUGCUCUUGGUUUUAGUAAAAUGCUAAUAGAUUCUGGUGGUUACCUGAUGAAGUGUUCAGUGUAACAUUUAAGUUUUAAAAUUCAAUGUGUUCUCGGGUAGGACACUCGACCACAAAACUGACCUCGGUACUUCUUCAUUAGUGUGUGAGCGAAUGCUGAUGGUCACUUAAUGUAGCUGCCUCUGCCAUCGAUGUAUGAAUGUGGUUUAAAUACAAAUGCACUUUGACUGAUCAGAAGAUUAAAGAAAGGGUUAUAUAAAUAUAGUCCAGUCUUUUUUACUGUUUUUCAAAUAUGAUUAUAAUCUCAGUGACUUGAAUGGUGAGUGGACUGAACUUUUUCCGUCAUUCAAAGCACUUUCACCGGUUCAUGCCUCAUUCAUACCCUGAUGGCAGUGGAUACUACAUUAGUGAACCACCAUUGUGAGCUAACCCUAUCUAUGUGCUUCCACACACUGCUCACUAUGUCAUUGGGAGCAAUUUGGGGUUCAGUGUCCUGCCCUAGGAAACUUCAGUAUGAGUCUGAACAGCUAACCUCCUCAUUGAGAGGUGACUGACCCUGCUGCUCAGCAACACUCAUCUCUAAAGAGGCCAACAAUAUCAGAAGUCAUAUUGAAAAUGCCAACUCUAACUUGUGUUUAACUUAGACACCAACAAAGAGGUGAAGCCACCUGUGUUUCAACUCGCUAUGCCACUAAUAACACAAAUUUAUGCAUUACUCCAAGCCUUAAUAUUAUGGAAACAGAUGAGCUGUAUGAAAUAAAUCUCUGUGCAGUUUGUGUAAAUGGUGAAAUUAGCUUUUUAGACUCAAAGGGUACUUUUGUACCGUGCUAUAAACAUGUUUAAUUCUGCUGCAAAACUACAAGUUUUAACAUUGGACCUGAUGGCUCUCCUUUGCUUUUGGAGCCAGCCUCAAGUGGACACUCAAGGAACUGCAGUUUUUUUCCCCCCACUCUUCUGCAUCAGCUUCAUUUUAGUCACCAGAGGUCACCUUCUGAACCUCUCCUGACUAUGAAACAGUUUUGUCAUUGGUUCCUGGCUUCUGUUCAUAACCUGGUUUGUUUUAUUGUUUCAGGACUCACAGCAGUUUAGAAAGCCUCUAAUGCCUGGUGUGUUGAGGAUUUUGAGAGUUAAAUGAGUUCAAAGAUCGUGUUAGAUUGUCUGCGGGGCUGGCUCACAGAUCAUCAGGUGUUUCUGAGGACUUUGGUUUGUACAGAUAUGAAAUACCAUCAGAAGUUUUAUCACCACUGAUUUUUUAAGGUCAUUUAUUUCAUGAUAAAAGACAGUGCUUACACAAAGCUGAUGGAGGAAUAUGAAUUGUAACAUUUCUAUUUAAGAAACCAUGAUUUAAAUGAGUCGGAGAUCAAUGUUAACCACACAUGAAAAAAAACACGUCUUCUAUCAAGGCUGUUAGCAUUGGGACCAAAAAUUUUUACUUGUUUCUAUUAAUCAGAGCAACAAGGGAAAUUUUAAGAUUCAGUUCAGGUCAUUGUGGAGGCAGUGUUGUGUUUUGGUUCAAUUUUAUAUGUGAAGAUGUAUGUAUUAAAGCAGUCAUUUCAAAAUAAAAGCCACUCAUCACAAUAAUGAUGUUAUCA